AGAAGACGCGAGAGAGAGAGAGAGGAGGCAUAGCGCCCCGGAAAAGACCAUUUUGACCCUUCGUCAUUGCAGCUGCCUCCUCCGCCUCUCUGCCACCAUGAACGAGAAGGCCAACGUCACCAAGGAGCUCAACGCCAAGCACAGAAAGAUACUGGAAGGACUUCUUAAGUUGCCAGAGAAUAGGGAAUGUGCUGACUGCAAAGCCAAGGGUCCAAGAUGGGCCAGUGUGAACUUAGGUAUCUUUGUAUGCAUGCAGUGUUCUGGGAUCCACAGAAGUCUCGGAGUACACAUAUCCAAGGUGAGGUCUGCUACCUUGGACACAUGGCUCCCAGAGCAAGUUGCAUUUAUUCAGUCAAUGGGAAAUGAAAAGGCAAAUAGUUACUGGGAAGCAGAACUACCUCCCAACUAUGACAGAGUUGGCAUUGAAAAUUUUAUUCGUGCAAAGUAUGAAGAUAAGAGAUGGGUUGCUAAAGAUGGAAAACCAAAAUCACCUUCUAGAGCACAGGAGGAAAAUGCUUCCACACAUUGGCAGAGACCGGUGGAAAGCAGUGGGCAUGGCUACGUAGGAAAGUCCGAAAAGAAAUUUGAAGAAAGGAAGAACACACAAACAGCUAGUAGAAGAGACACUGUUCCUGGGGGAAGAAUCAGUCUUCCUGUUCCUCCUAAAGGGCCUGAACAUGUUGUACAUGUCCCAAAACCACAAAAUGUUGUUCCACCACAGGCUGAAGAAACAAAGCCAGCUGCUGAAGUUGCUUCUGCUGCCCCUCCAAAAGUUGAUUUUGCUACUGACCUUUUCGGCAUGCUCUCAGUAGAUAGUCCCAGUGAAAAUAGCUCAGAUGUAGCACCAGCUGACGAUAAUGAUUGGGCAGGUUUCCAGACGGCCAGUGAAGGUUCAAAAACUGAGAAAACUAGUCCGCCAAAAGAAGCAGAAAGCAGUAGCAAGCCCGCUUCAGGAAUCGAGGACCUAUUUGCAGAUUCACUGUCAUUAGCACCUGUUGCAGAGAAACCCAAGAAAGAUGUUAAAAAUGAUAUUAUGAGUCUUUUUGAGAAGUCCAAUAUGGUGUCACCAUUCGCUAUGCAUCAACAGCAACUUGCAAUGCUGGCUCAGCAGCAGUCUCUUUUCAUGGCGUCAGCUAAAUCUGCUGGUGGGGACCAAAAGUUUCCGGGCACUACACAGCAACCUGUUUUGAAUGGAAGCAAUUUACCUUCCCAACAGCAACUUGCAAUGAUGGCUCAGCAGCAGUCUCUUCUCAUGGCUGCUGCAGGUAAAUCUGCUGGCAUGGACCAAAAGUUCUCUGGUAUUGGUCAACAACCUGUGUCAAAUGGAAGCAGUUUACCUUCCCAAAGUUGGCCAAAUGUUGGGUACCAAAUUCCUGGGUUGAUGAUGCCUGUAGAUGGACAGGGUGGUAUGAAGAAUGUUGCACAGGGAACGACAGCAGGACCAGCAAAUCCAACAGGAAGUUCUGUUCCAUAUUCAAUGUCUAGCUUUUAUUCUAUGCCCCAAAUUAGCACAGUUAAUGGCCUGGCAAAUGCUGGAGUGAACAAAACUCAGUCACCGGCUCCUACAACAGCUGCAACUUCUUCUACCUCAACACAAAAGGGAAAAGAUUAUGAUUUCUCCUCCUUAACACAGGGAAUGUUUGCAAAACAGUGAGGACCCUUGAUGGGUGAUGAUAUGAUGUCUCUGUUAUACCAUUUAAAAAGAAAGAAAGAAAAGAAAAAUUGAAUCACAGGAAAAUAUUACUUUGGUUCCCCUUUUUUCCACCUGUACUGGGGUUUGUAAUCUAUUUGUAGAGGCAAUACCACCUUUUGACUUUCCAUCUCUUGGUGAUUAUUUCAUUUGUAUGGUUAGGACUAUUUGAGAAAUAAGAUGGUUUUAGAUUGAUCAUGAUUAUUUUUGUUUCCAACUCAACUGUGUUUGUUAGACCAGAAUGAAAUGAAGUCAGGAACAACGACCAAUUCAUGAUCAUCUUUAUGUAAUGUAAAAUGAUUUGUUCAAACUCUUUUACUUAUAAUGGCGUCUCAUGUUGCUGUC